UUGGGAGAGAAUAUUGCGGACAACGGAGGCCUCAGAGAGUCGUUCCGCGCGUUUCAGACGUACGUCAAGACAUACGGAGAACCACAACGACUGCCAUAUGUCUCGCAAUACACACCACAACAGCUCUAUUUCCUCUCAUACGCGUCCAUUAAAUGCGAUCUAAUACGAAAUUACGCAUUACGCGUCCGAGUAUACAGUGGAUCUCACAGUCCCUACAAAUACCGGGUUAACAUUCCCUUAUUCAACUUUCAGCCCUUUUCCGAUGCUUUCAAAUGUAAGCCUAAUUCUACAAUUAAUAGGAAAGACAAAUGCAUUUUGUGGUAA